AUGAAUGUUAAACUCAAAUCCAUAUUAACGAUUUCAGGGUUGAGGAUGUUGCCCAUUGAUUCAACAAAUAAGUUAUCUUUUACUCGCUGUAUUCGUGAUGGAGAUUUGGUUAUUGUCUAUGAGAGGUAUGACAACAUGAAAGCUAUUAAAGUGUGUGAUGGUUCUGUACUCGAAAAUCGGUUUGGCGUGUUUAAACAUUCAGACUGGGUAGGAAAGCAAUUUGGUUCCAAGGUUUUCAGCAACAAGGGUGGAUUUGUUUACUUGUUAGCUCCUACUCCUGAACUUUGGACUUUGGUUCUAAGCCACAGGACUCAGAUUCUCUAUAUUGCGGACAUUAGCUUUGUAAUCAUGUUCUUGGAAAUAGUUCCUGGCUGUUUGGUUCUUGAGUCAGGGACUGGAAGUGGAUCUUUAACUACAUCACUUGCAAGGGCUGUAGCUCCUAAAGGACAUGUCUAUACAUUUGAUUUCCAUGAGCAAAGGGCGGUCUCUGCUAGGGAGGAUUUUGAGAAGACGGGAUUAAGCAACUUGGUCACUGUAGGAGUUAGAGAUAUUCAGGGUGAAGGAUUUCCAGAUGAACUUUCUGGGAUGGCAGAUUCUGUCUUCCUGGACCUACCCCAACCCUGGUUGGCCAUCCCAUCAGCUGGGAAAAUGCUGAAACAAGAUGGGAUAUUAUGCUCCUUCUCCCCAUGUAUUGAGCAGGUGGAACGAGCGUCAGAGACUAUGAGAUCAAGCUUUACAGAUAUAAGGACAUUUGAGAUACUCCUUCGGACAUAUGAAGUUCGAGAAGGGAAAUUGGAUGACUUCCAGGGUGACGAAGCUGGUUCUCUUGGAUCUCUUGGAUCUCUUCCACGCAAAAGGCGGCAGCGAUCAAAUGAAGGAAGCAAUGUGCGAGAAACUACUGGUCCUCCCACAGUCAUGGCUAGGCCAUGCAGCGAGGCCAAAGGUCACACUGGCUAUUUGACAUUUGCAAGACUUAAAUGCCUCUCAUAA